GGGAGCGAGCCGGCGGCGCGGGAGGGCCGGGCCCGGGGACGCCGCGCCAUGAGGGGCCGCCCGCGCUGACGAGCACCCGGAGGAGGAGCAGCGGCGGCCGCCCGGGCCCAGCGCCAGCCCCAUGGAGGCCAGGACCAGCGCGGGCGGCUCGGAGGCCGGAGAUGUUCCUCUGCUGCUGGCUGAGCUAAAGCCGGGGCGCCUGCACCAUUUUGAUUGGAAAUCAAGUUGUGAGACGUGGAGUGUUGCCUUUUCCCCUGAUGGUUCCUGGUUUGCCUGGUCACAAGGACACUGUAUUGUCAAGCUGAUUCCAUAUCCCAUUGAGGAACAGUUCCUCCCCAGAGGAUUUGAGCCUAAAAGCCGAAGCAGCAAAACAGACCCCAAGGGGCGAGGAAGCCCAAAGGAGAAGACGCUGGACUGUGGGCAGAUUGUCUGGGGUUUGGCCUUUAGCCCGUGGCCAUCACUGCCCAGCAGAAAGCUCUGGGCACGGGUCUGCCCCCAAGCACUGGAUUUUUCUUGCCUUAUUCUUGCUACGGGACUCAAUGACGGGCAGAUAAAAAUUUGGGAGGUGCAGACAGGGCGACUGCUUUUGAAUCUGUCUGGCCACCAGGAUGUGGUGAGAGAUCUGAGCUUCACACCCAAUGGAAACUUGAUUUUGGUUUCUGCGUCAAGGGAUAAAACUCUUCGGAUCUGGGACCUAAAUAAAGAUGGCAAACAGAUCCAGGUGCUGUCUGGCCAUUUGCAGUGGGUUUAUUGCUGUUCCAUCUCCCCAGACUCUAGUAUGUUAUGUUCUGCAGCCGGAGAGAAGUCCGUUCUUCUCUGGAGCAUGCGGUCUUACACGUUAAUUAGGAAGCUUGAGGGACAUCAGAGCAGUGUGGUUUCUUGUGACUUCUCGCCUGACUCUGCACUGCUUGUCACAGCUUCCUAUGACACCAGUGUCAUCAUGUGGGAUCCCUACACUGGAGAGAAACUGAGGACACUUCAGCACACGUUAGACGCUCAGUUGGGUUUUACCCGUGACGUCCAUGCCAGCUCGCUGAGGUCAGUGCGCUUCUCUCCAGAAGGCUUGUACCUUGCUACAGUGGCCGAUGACAGACUGCUCAGGAUCUGGGCUUUGGAACUGAGAACGCCAAUUGCAUUUGCUCCUAUGACCAAUGGUCUUUGCUGCACAUUUUUCCCACAUGGAGGAGUUAUUGCCACAGGGACAAGAGAUGGCCACGUCCAGUUCUGGACAGCACCCACCGUCCUGUCGUCACUGAAGCACUUAUGCCGUAAAGCCCUCCGUAGCUUCCUUACAACUUACCAAGUCUUAGCACUGCCAAUACCCAAGAAGAUGAAAGAAUUUCUCACAUACAGGACCUUCUGAGCCGCACUGCCUGGCUUUGCUAAACGGACAGAGAACUUGGAGUCCCGUUGUUCUCUCCUGACAACAGGAUUAACCUUUCUGGCGAGGUGGAGCCGAAGUCAUUGGAUGUAAACAAGAUGGACCUAUGAUUCUUCUUUGAGAUAGGAUUGUUUUGGACUGUAAACAUGUAGCUAAUAGACUGGAGCGGGGAAAAACCUGGUGAACUGGUCACUGACCUUUUUUUAUCUGUAACUAAUGUUCAGAAUUCAGUAAGAGAGGAGCGCUUCCAUUUCCAUGGCUGCAGAGCCUUAGUUUAAAUGGUCCAUUUAUUAACAGCACGGUUUAAUUCUGUCUUGGUUCAAAGUGCAGUUAAUGUUGUUUUGCUUAUAAGAGUAACUGGGCCUUGAGUUCUCUUCAGUGGUAAAGGAAAAAAGUGUAAUCUCCCUCACAGGGACAUGGGACUUCUGCCCAACACUUGUCUCAGUUUAGUCCUUAAAAGCAGUGGUAGCUAAACAUUUAAAUUGUUCUCUUGUUCAGAGUAUCAGGGACCAUGCCUUUGUUUAGCCAAGUGCAAAUACUUUUAAUUUAUAAAGUCUAGUUUGUCAUUGUUUUUCCUCUGCUUUUGACUUUGACAAACAAGACAGAGCUUUAAUGGGGGUGGGGAGGGAGGGGGGGGCGUCCUUGGGUGUGAGUGAACUUCAGCUUAGCUGAACAGGCUAUUUAAAUCAAAGGGUGUGGUGUGGACUGCUGAAGACAUUGUCAUUGGCUUUGAAAAUAAUGGUGUGCAUGUAAAGGAGGAAACUGUAAGGUUACAGUAAGAGUGCAUUUCUAAUUGCAUGACUUGUUGCUACUGAUGUUUCAGUGGUUUGCCAUUUACAACAUGUUUAUUUGUGCUUUCUGAGCAUAAGUUGUUUAAGGUACAAUUUUGUUUUUCUCAGUGGUAGGUGAAAACCUUGACAUAAUCAGAACAACUGCAACAUGGAACUGCAACUGGUUUUUCAUUGUUUCAACUGGUAUUUUUAUAAUAUCUGUAUGAGAUCAGUCUUUGCUGCUUAACUCAAUUUCCAGCCCUGCCUCCCAGAUGAAAAUAACUCUUUAAGGUUCAGGUUUUUCCUUCAGUCAACCAGGAGUUUGCAAUCUAAUCUAAUGUAAUCCUUUGUUCAAGUGUAGUAUCUGCAUUUCUUUUUAAGGAGAUGACACCUUCCUUUCAGUAGACCCACCAUUUGGUAGAAUGCCUGUAUACUUACUACUAGAUUAGACUCUUUAGAGCCUUGAUCAGAGGAUGGCCCAUUAAUGUCUAGUUUGGAGGAGAGAAAGCAGAGACUCAAGCCAAGAGACCUGAGAUUCAGUCUGGCCUCAGACACCAGGUAGUCCACAUGGCCUUGGGCUUACUUCACCCCAUGGGUCUGUUUCCUCCUCUACCCAAGGAGAGGGCUCCAAGAGCCUCUCUGCUCACCUGACAGCUGAGUGGGAAGAAGUGAAGCCACAGCUUUAUUGUGUGGGGAAUCAUGGGGAAAAAGAGUUAUCUUAAACAGGGGUGAUGUUGUAUCCAUCACUUCCCAAGAGGCUUCUUGCCACCAGCACAAACUGGCAGCCCUUCUGCAGCUUCAUGGAGAAGGAUCUUUGUCCUUAGUACUUUAUGGCUUGUUGUGGGGCUUCGGCCCUGCUGUGGAGUCCCCUUCAUCUUGUGACGAGGCAUGAGAGUAAGUCAGUAGAGGUAACUUCCUAAGUUGUCUUAGUAAAACGGGGAGCUUUCAUUUCAAAGAAUGUGUCACGAGAAGCUUUACUGGGAAAUACAAAGUGGAACUGACACCUCCCACCCCUGAUUUUGAUGAAGGAUUACAAGAAAUGGAUCCCCCCUCCACCAAUGUAGUUCACAAAGUUCUAAGACCCUUAUAUGAAGGACCCAAGUAAUAUCCACUAUUAGCUUCAGGACAGCAGGAAAAUUCAUAGAACUUUUUCACCAAGUGAGCCGUUUAAUUUAUUAAUUUCUUAUUGAGAUAAUAUGAAAUGCAGCAAAAUUGUAAUUGAAGCAGCUGUUUGAGCACAUAAGACUAAAAUUUAAAUGACUAAUAUUUUAAGUGUCCUAUGUUUACAAGUGAUCUUCAUACAGCCACUGGUACCAUGGGGAAUAAUUUAAAGACCAGUUGUAUUUUAAAUUCUUUUCCUUCCUUUCUACACUACAAUUAGGAAGCUGCUUGUGACUUUUACAAUUCAAAGAUGAGAAAUAAAAGUCAAACUUUUUAAAGAGGAUGA